AUGGGACAGGUGUCCGUCACCCAGCAAGAAGGACAAGUCACCGUGGAGCAGGGAAACACCUUCCAGACCAAUUGCACAUACCAGAGCUCCAACUUUGUAGGCUUGCUCUGGUACCAGCAGAAGAAGGGACAAGCCCCUCAGCUGAUUUCUUCUCAAGCAGGAAAGGGCACCAAGCAGAAGGACCGUUUCACCACGGAGCUGAACACUGACGGGAAACACAGUGUUCUGCGGCUGAAGGAAGUUGAGCUCUCUGACAGCGCCUUGUACCUCUGUGCUCAAUCAGAGCAAGAGAUAAAUGAAGACCUACAGCCCACUGAGUUCGUUGACGUCUCCUCAGGGGAGCUGGAGGCAUGUGUGAUCAUCCUCAGCCCCUGCACAGGGAGCAGUGUCAUAAUGACCAGCUCCUGCGGCAGUGGGGCAUUGCAUGUCUGGGACAAGCUGGGUGUCCUGCAGGCUGCAAAUGCCAAGACCUCGCAGGAGAAACGAGGCUGUGCUGAUGAAGCUUCCUCCAUCUCACAAAGCAUGCUCAAUGUGGUGUUUUGA